GGGUCCUAGAGCACCGUGCUGUUGUCGAUGAGCGCGCAAUCAACGUAAUUUCCGGGCUGCUGAAGCGGCUUCUGUUAUUGGGCAAUGCCGUCUUUUGCCUGGCUGGCUGCGCCGUCGAACCCUGGCUCAUCCCGCCUCCACGAAUGUGCGCCUUUGCUGCGGGAUGGCGCUCCUCGUGCUCCGCACGCGUAUCCUAGCACAGGUCUGGGUAGGGUAUAUAAGCCGCUUCCGAGUAGGUCCCGCGAGCUUGUUUCGCCCAGACUCUUGCCCAGCCGUCUUGGCCUUUCUUGUCCUCUCCUUGGGUUCCCCGUAUACAUCCACCCGCAGGCUUGAGCUGCGACACGUGUGGCUAUGGUUACUUUCGCUGCCGUUUGCUCGGCGCUCUUGGCUGUCCGGGUCGCCGUUGCGAACCCGGUGCCGUCGCGCUCGGCGUAUCGCGUCAAGGAUGAGCACCACGUCCCGAGAGAUUGGAGGCGGCUACGUCGUGCGCCCGCCGAUCAUGUCAUUGACCUGCAAAUUGGCGUCAAGCAGAGCAAUUUCGGGGAGCUCGAGAGGCACCUGUACGAAGUCUCGGACCCGGAUCAUCCCCGGUACGGCCAGCACCUCACUGCGGAUGAGGUGAACGAGCUAGUCAAACCGACCGACGAGACACUCGAUCUCGUUCGUGAGUGGUUGGAGGCCAAUGGGGUGAAACCGACGGCCUAUAGCUCGGCGAAAGACUGGAUCACGGUCUCGCUCCCGAUCAGGGCGGUUGAGCGCCUCCUCGACACCGAGUACCAUGUUUACGAGCAUAACAAGGGCGGCCUCGUCGCUCGGGCGCCCAAAUGGUCCCUUCCGCACCAUCUGCACGAUCACAUAGACACCAUCCAGCCCACCAACUCGUUCUUUCGCGCCCGCGCUAAUGUGUUUGACCACAUCGAAGCGCCGGUAUACCUCGACCCCGCGUAUCGGCCGCCUUCCAAUGAGACCUUGAGCAAGGUCUGUAAUGUCAGCUCCGUGACGCCGGAGUGCUUCCAGACUCUGUACUCCACCAAGGGCUACAAGACCCAGGCCGGCGGCAGGAAUACCGUUGCGUUCAACAACUUCCUUGGCGAGCACCCUAUCCGGACCGAUGCCGAGCUGUUUCUCGCCAAGUACCGGCCGGAAGCCGUCUCGAGCGCCAAUGACUUCCCACAGGUCACCAUCGCCGACGGCCCCGGCGACUAUCCGCUAACCCCUGACGAGAUUGAGUCAAGCACCUCCAAGGAGGCAAACCUGGACCUCCAGGCUAUUGCCGGUAUCAGCUGGAAGACCCCAAUCAUCAGCUACUCGACCGGAGGAAGUCCCCCUUUCAUCCCGUCUCCGAGCACCCCGGACAACACGAACGAGCCAUACCUAGUCUGGGUGAACUAUCUCCUUUCGCAGCCGUCAAUCCCGCAGGUUAUUACGACCUCGUAUGCCGACGACGAGCAGACCGUGCCCGUAUCGUACGCUCGGCGAGUCUGCCAGCAGUUUGCCCAGGUCGGCGCCCGCGGCACGUCUCUGCUCUUCUCUAGCGGCGAUAGCGGUGUCGGACCGUACGGCAAAUGUCUGAGCAACGAUGGGAAGAACACGACCAAGUUUAUCCCCGAAUUCCCACCAAGCUGCCCGUACGUCACGGCAGUGGGCGCUACGAAGAACUUCGACCCCGAGGUCGUAGCGUACCGGCCGGCGUUCGUCGGGCCCGACGGAAUCCGGCGCGGAAACUACACGUCCGGCGGUGGCUUCAGCAACAUCUUCCAGGCGCCCCCGUACCAGGCCAGGGUGACAAGCGCCUACGUCAAGAACCUCAACGGUCUGUACGAUGGCCUGUACAGCAAGACUGGCCGCGGGUACCCUGAUAUAUCGGCGCAGGGCCUCUACUUCGCGUAUUUCUGGAAUGGUACCGAAGGCACCAUCAGCGGCACGAGCGCCAGUUGCCCGCUGACAGGCGGGAUCAUCUCGCUGGUCAAUGACGCGCUCAUCUCGACGGGCAAGCCGCCGCUAGGAUUCCUGAACCCGUGGCUGUAUGCGAGAGGUCACAAAGGCCUGACCGAUAUCGUGAGUGGGAGCGCCGUCGGCUGCGGCGUCGACGGCUUUCCAGCAACCGAGGGUUGGGAUCCCGUAACCGGAUUCGGGACGCCGGUCUUCCCCGAGCUAGUUGCGUUGGCGGGCGGCAAGCUGUUUUAUUGAUGGGGGAGAAAGGAGGGUCAUACUUGGCAAUGAAAUGUGUACCGUGUGUAUAGCGCCGGCGGUGAGACGGGCGGUACAGAUGUGUAUAUGUAAAAGCUUUUACGUAUCCAAGGUAUUCUGCUUAUAUACUUAAUUUUUGACUACUAGUCUCACGCAAACUGCGGGACGUCCGAAUCUGUAGAGGCGUUUCCUGUCGUGGGCACUUGUGACGAUGAUUGCUAGUAAAAU